AUGGACCAUCCAAAUGAAGACCAUGAUAAGCGCGCUGUGGAAGAAAUGUUCGUGAAUGCAAUGCACGGAAAGUGGCGAGAGGUGGCUAGUACCUACGCCAACUGUAAAGCGGCCCUGGUCGCCACGAUCAUAUAUACCGGGGACACCGUGCUGCACUUGGCUGUGUCGAGCGGAGUGGAAUUCAACGUGACGCUGCUCCUGGGCAAAAUCCCCGAAGAGCGCUGCGAAGAAAUCCUGGGGAUGGGGAACGAGAGGGCCGACACGCCGUUGCACCUAGCUGCCGCUCUUGGGAUGAAGAAGACGUGCUUGGACAUGGUCAAGCAGUGCCCCAAGCUGGUAACUCAGGCUCGCAAUGAGCAGGGUGAGACACCCCUCUUUAAGGCCGCGCGCCACGGCCAGAAGGAAGCCUUCGGUGCCAUGCGACAUGCCGCCCCCGAUGCAUGUAGUACCCGCGACCUGCACUUCUGCCGAAAAUUUGGCGGCGACACCAUCCUCCAUGUUGCGCUGCUUGGCGAGCAUUAUGAUUUGGCCCUGGAGAUUGUUCGAUGCUAUCCCUCUCUAACUAACUGGUGCAAUGAGAAGGGAGAGUUGCCUAUCCAUAUCUUAGCCAACAUGCCUUCUGCUUUCGAGAGUGGAGUGCUAGCUUACUUCAAAUAUCCACUUGAUCCUCUUAUUUACCAUUGUUGCCGUUUCAGUCGAAGAACCAUUCAAAAUGAAGGAGACCCAGAGAAACAUGAAGAUGAAAGAGGGCAAGCAAAUCAGAUGGAUUCUGAGAAACAGAACCAAAAAUUCCCUAAUGUUGGGCGGCGAAGAUUUCAAAGGAACUGUGAUGCACUGUUCCACUUUUUCAGAUUUCUAAUGAGUAACCUGCUGUAUUUCACUGGAAUAAUUGGCUUCUAUUGGCUGUGGAUGCGGGCAAUCGAAAUGAAGAAGCUACAGAAGAUACAUGUACGUGCACGUCAGAUCAUGAUCGAGCUUCUUCAACACCAGGCUGAAUGGGAUUUUGGCAAUGCUGGAAGGAAUCCUGACAAAAAAAGGAGUGAUUGGUUAAGGCUUUCUCCAGAAGCAGUAGACGUUAGACGUGCAGCGACUAGCUUCCCAACAGAAGAAUCCAAAGGACCGCUCGAAGACAAACAGCUUGCACCAUCUAACGGAGGGCCAGUUGGAGAUUGGCCAGAGUCACCCAUUUUAUUAGCUGCGAAGAACGGCAUAGAAGAGUUGGUGGAGUACGUUCUUGACCGCUUCCCACAAGCGCUUUUUGACUUGGAUUCAAAUGGGAAGAACAUCAUAUUACUCGCGGUGGAGCAUCGACAAUCCAAUAUUUUUGAACUUAUGCUGAAGCGAAAAGAAAUGAAGCAGUCUGUGUUUGCAAUAGCGGACAAAGAGGGGAACAGCGCUGCCCAUCUAGCCGCCAAACUCAGACCAAACCAGCAUCGGAGCACUCUUGGAGCAGCCCUUCGCAUGCAAUGGGAGGUCAAAUGGUUCAAGUAUGUGGAGAGAUCCGUGGACCCUGAAUUCUUCCCGCGGUACAACGACAAAGGCGAGACCGCCCAAGAAAUAUUCGUGGAGACGCACAAGGAUUUGCUGGAAGAAAGUGUCAGCUGGCUCACCGAGACUUUCAAGUCGUACUCCGUGGUCGCGGCGCUCAUCGCCCCCAUGGCCUUCGUCGCCAUCACCUCUCUGCCCACCUGGGGAGUCGGCCAGCACUCGAGCUCGUCGCACGAGCGCGUCAUUGCCGCGUCGGUCGGCGCGGUCUACUUUUCCCUGGCGUCCGUUUUCCUGUUCCUCCCCUUCCUCGCCCGCCGUUACGAGCCGUGGGAUUUCGAGACCCAUCUCCCAUUCAAGUUGAUGGUCCGCCUGAUCUGCCUCUACUGGUCUGUCGUUAUGACAGUCGCUUGUUUUGCUGCCCGCUAUUCCCUCUUGACGAAGGAAGCAGCUUACCUGCACUACUUCGGUGCUCUCAUGCUUUUGCUGGCUUUCCUAUUUAGCGUGCCACUGGUCCCGCUCAAACUAGACCGGGUACCGGAGCGUGCAUUGCCUGCCUCGGGAAAGCCGUAUGUGCGGUGAUAUAGAACGUGAUGGCCAGGGCUUGCUGUGCUGCUGUUUGGCAUAAAUAUUCUGUGUUUCGGUGUGAUUAACAAUAUUCCGGUGUUGUUGUUCCGGUAUUGUAUGUUGUAGCAUGAUUAAAACCAUUGGUGUUCGGAUUCUAUCCAUGGAAAAUGGAAGUAAUACGGAUUCAGGUGAGUCACCAAGUCCGGGAGAAAUUUAGAUCAGCCCCUGGAUAGACCUGCUAUUUGGCAUAAAUAUUGUGUG